AUGACGGCAUUAAGGCCGUCACAACUAUCUGUCUCCUCGCAACAAGAGGAGACAGAUAAACACCAACUGUCUCCUUCUCUUCUUUAUGAUAGUCCCUCUAAUAACAGAGCAAGACAAGCAGCAGCAGCAGCAGCAGCAGCAAAUGCAGCAGCAGCAGCAGCAGCAGCAAAUGCAGAGAAAGGAUCUGCUCAACAACGAUCUAUGCAGAUGCUGCUGCAGCAACAGCAGCAGCAGCAGCAGAGAUCAGGGACAGUUCUACGUCCCUCUCUAGCCCCUCGCCGCAGCAGCGAUUCCGUCAGCAGCAGCAGCAGCAGCAGCAGCAACAGCAGCAGCAUGGCUUCUGCAUAUGGAUGGGAGGAUACUAUACCGCAGCAGCAGCAGCAGCAGCAGCAGCAGCAGCAGCAGCAGCAGGAUUCAGAUUUUUCUGAUUUUUCUUUUGCUUCGGAUAACGAAGAAGCAGCAGCAGCAACAGCAAGAGCUGCCUUCUCUUCUUACUACCAGCAGCAGCAGCAGCAGCAGCAGCAGCAGCGGCAGCAUAGGGAAGCAAUGCUGCGCAGCAAAUCCUUUUCUUCUGGUGUAGGUGCAGCAAGAAGAAGACAUGAUGGCUCCUCUUUUGCUGCUGCUGUUGCUGCAGAGCAGCAGCUGCUGCAGCAGCAAGCCAUGAGGAGGAACUCCGAGUGGGGCCCCCCUACGCUGCUGCAGCAGCAGCAGCAGCAGCAGACACCUGAUUUCUUUAAGCGUGUUGCUAGGAGCAACAGCAGCAGCAGCGGCAGCAGCAGUGGUAGCAGCAGCAGCUGCAGCAGCAGAAGUAGCAGCAGAAGCAACAGCAGCAGAAGCAGCAGCUGCAGCAGAUCUAGCAGCUCUGAUGCCCCUUUUCGUGGGCACCACCAGCAGCAGCAGCAGCAGCAGCGGCUGCAGAAGCUGCUGCUGCAGCAGCAGCAGCAGCAACAGCAACCAGGAGGAUGGAGAGAAGUUGUUGCAGAGAGACAAAGGGCCUUUGAGCAGCAAAUGCAGCAGGAAAGGGAAAUGAUGCAGCAACGGCUGCAGCAGCAGCAGCAGCAGCAGCAACAGCAGCAGCAGCGCGAGCGCAAGUCUAGAUCCUCUCAUAGAGACCACCAAGCAGCAGCAGCAGCAGCAGCAGCGGCAGCAGCAGAAAGGCAGCAGCAAGAAGAGGUGCCUGUACACCUCAAGAAAAAGCAAUCAAAGACACAUUCAAAACGUAAACACGGCAAGGAAGCAGCAGCAGCAGCAGCAGCAGCUGCUGCUGCUGCUGCUGCUUCUUCUUCUGCUCCUGCUGCUAGUGGUGGAGGAGACGUAUGGGCAGCUGCAGCACAGAGUGCAGCAGCAGCAGCAGCAGCAACAGGUGCAGGAGCAGGAAGGGGUAAUAAGAAUAUAUCUAAGGAAGGGAAGUCUAUGCCUAAUGUUCCUCUCUUUCCUCUUAAUGCUGCUGCUGCAGUUGCUGCUGGAGGUGAUUUUGUAUUUGCGCAGCAGCAGCAGCUGCUGGCAGCACAAAGAGAACUGCAGCGAGCUAAGAGUGAUCUAACCCUAGAGGCAGAGAAGUGUGCAGGCCUAGAGAAGCAGCUAGCAGCAGAACAGGAGAAGCAGCAGCAGCAGCAGCAGCAAAUACAAGAGCUACAAGAACAGCUACAAGAACAGACAAAGAAGACAGGAGAAUUAGCAACAAUGAAUACAGCAGCAGAGAUGCGCAUGCAGCAGCAGCAGCAAUCAUUAGAGGAGAUAAUAAAACUACAAGAAGAGACACAAAGGAUAAGACAAGAAGAAAAAGAUAAAUAUCUUGCAGAAAAAGAACAAUUACAGAUAAAGAUAAGAGACCUAGAAGGAGAUCUAACAUUUGCAAGAGAUCAACUAUUAAUAGCAAGAGAAAGUUUAAUUGCUGCUAGGCAAAAGCAGCAAGCAGCAACAGAUGCACAUGAACAAGAUCUUAAGGCAUUACAGUCUUACCGUAAGGCGAAUGAGGUAUUACGUCAAGAUUUAAAAUUUGUUAAGACAUUGAAUUUAUCUUUGGCAGAGAAAGCAAGGAGACUCCAACUAUUGUCUCCUACUGUCUCCGAUACAGCAGCAGCAGCAGCAGCAGCAGCAGCAGCAGCAGCAACAGCAACAGCAGCAGCAGUAGACCAGCAGCAGCAACAACAGCAGCAACAACAACAACAACAGCAACAGAGACAGCACCAUAGGCAACAUCAACAACAACAACAGCAACAGCAACAGCAGCAACAGCAACAGCAGCAGCAACAGCAGCAGCAGCAGCAACAGCAGCAGCAGCAGAGGAUACCGAGCGAAGCAUACAGUGACGCUUCUUCCUCAGUUAGUUCUGCUUUUCCUCUACGACCCCACAGCAGCUGCAGCAGCAGCAGCAGCAGGGCGUUGCAGCUGCAGCGGUUGCAGCAGCAACUCAAAGAUAGAUUGGAGGAGGAUACAGGAGCAGCAGCAGCAACAGCAGCAGAUAAAUUGCAGUGUACAGGCAUCCCCUAUCUUGCUGCUGCAGCGCAGCAGUUGCCCUCCCCUACAGACAGCGCCUUCUCUAUAAGGGGGGCGCCGCAGCAGCCACCGCAGCCGCAGUCCCUCCAUCCGCAGCAGCAGCAGCAGCAGCAACAGCAGCAGUUACAGCUGCAGCUAGUGCAGCAGCACCACCACCACCAUCAACAGCAGCUGCAGCAGCACCUGCUGCAGGGAAGAGACAGUAUACCUGGUUGCUUAGGGGGUCUUGAGUCUCUUGAUGCAGCAGCAGCAAGACACAAGCAGCAGCGGCAGCUGCAGCAGCUGCAGCAGCAGCUAGAUAUGCUGCAUGAGGAGCAGCAGCAUCUUCGUCGUCAGCAGCAGUUGCUGCAGCAUCAAGAAGGUACAGAUAAUACACCAACUCCUCCUCCUCCUACUGCUGCUGCUGCUGCUGCAGCUGCUGCAGCAGCAGCAGCAGCAGCAGGUGUGGGGCCCCACAUCCAGGGACCCGUUCCUCCUCCCUUUGGGGAUCGGAUCCCAGCAGAAUUGCUGGAGUUGACACAAACCGAUCCCAAGACAUUUACGUCUCCUUUUCCUCUAGAUAAUUAUCCUCCUAAGGGGAGGCCUCCUGCUACUGCUGCUGCUGCUGCUGCAGCAGCAGCAGCACAUGAUGUAAAUUACUUGCAGCCUACUACUACUAGUAGCAGCAGCGGGAGCAGCAGUGGUAGCAGCAGUGGCGACAGCAGCAACAGGAGCUACAGUGCAACUGCUGCUGCAGCAGCAGCCAACCCUACCAGCAGCAGCAGACAGCAGCAGCAGCAGCACGAGAGGACUCGUCGUCCUAGUCACUCUUUCUCUCGUCCUGCUGAGGUGUCUCCUCUUCCUCUAUCCGGUCUAAAUACAUCAACAGCAGCAGCAGCUGCUGCUGCUGCAGCAGCUGCUGCUGCAGCAGGAGGUACCCAACAACAACAACAGCAACAACAACCAUCACCAGCAACAGCAGCAGCAGCAGCAGCAGCAGAACAAGAUUCAGCAAGGAGACAAUGGCUGCUGCAGCGUGUCUCCCGUGUCUCUCGUCUCCAUGGCAUAGAGGAGAUAAAACAAAGGACCUGUCUCCUUUCUCCUACCUUACUGUCUCUUUCCCGCAGCAGGAGACAGACACCUGUACAUACACCUAAGGACAGCAGCAGCAGCACCAGCAGCAGUAGCAGCAGCAGCAGCAGUGGUAAUAGCAACAGAUCCACAGGAGGAGGAGCAGCAACUGCAGCAGCAGCAGCAGCAGCAGCAACAGGGGUGCAGCAGCAGGAACCUUCUUCUGCGCAGAGACACCAACAACCCACGACUCAAGGUACUACCAGCAGCAGCAGCAACAGUAGCAACAGCAGCAGCAGCAGCAGCAGCAGCAGCAAUCAUUUUUUUUUUUUGCGGUAG